AGAAAUCUUUGUUGGUUGCGGCGAUCCCAGGCGUUCCUAUCCCUUUUCCCUUCCAUUUUUCCCUAACCGACAUUGGAUAUUCGACGAAUUCGUGAUUUAACCUAUCUGGCGUGAACGCGAACGCGAACGCAUAAAUCAAUCAAAUUUUGCGAUUCUGGUUUCCUUUCGGGUGGAAAUGGCACUAUAUAAAUUUAUUAGCGGGUUGCGCAGCGCGUUGCAAACAACCACCAGUCGAAACAUUACCAGUCGCAAUCAUGCGACGCUUAAGGACUGCAAAGAUCGUCUGCGUGAUAUGCAUAUCCCGGAUAAACCAAAGAAGCCACUUACUCCUUACUUCAGGUUCCUGAGGGAUUACCGCCAAGAUAAGAUUAAGAGUAAUCCAGAGGUGAAAGCCACUGAGUUGGUGAAGAUGGGUGCUGCUGACUGGGCAAAGGCACAUGCUAGCAUCAAAGAUAAGUAUACUAAUGAAUACAAGCAAGACCUGGAGGAGUACACUGUGAAGAUGACCGCGUACAAUGCGAAACUCACACCUGAACAACAAGAAAGUAUCAAAGAGAUCAGAAGGCUCAAAACUGCCAGCAAACUGAAGAGGGAGAUCAAGAAGAAAUCAAGAGAUUUACACAAACCAAAACGACCUCUAGGUCCCUACAUGCAGUUCCUCAUGGAAAAGUCUAAAGAUGAGAAGGAGAACAUGGUGGUAUUAAUGCAGAAGUACAAAGGACAGUUUCAACUCCUGCCGGACGCCGUGAAGCAGAAAUAUGUGCAACUUUUUGAAGACGACAGGAAGCGUUAUGAACUGCAGAUGAAAGAAUGGGAGCAGCGCAUGAUUGCUGAAGGCCACGAAGACUUAGUUCGACACGCGUCGCAGCCACGAACGCCACACUCUCGUCUUUCUGCCGUUGUCAAGCCGAAGAAACAAUAGGGACGCGCGUGUUCUCAUCAUGCAAGUGGUGAGAGCACCGACCGGACCAGCCGCGAUCUGUCAGAGUUUUACCAGACUCGAUUCUAUGAAUCGACCGAUAAGAAUGUAAAUAACGAAUCUCGGGUGGCAGACACAGUUACCAGCAGGGAGGAAGUGGUGGACGCUACCGAGGAGAACACUCUUAAAGAAAAGGCAAGUAAUAAGGGAAAACUCGUGGACACGUUCAAAAAGAUUUUCAAGUUUUGAAUCACUGUUUCAUUAUUAUUUUUUUUUCGUAUUCAGUGCGUCCUCCAUUUUGAUUUUCAUUAAAUUGUUAGUUUUUGAUAAGAUUUCAUACAUUUGUUUUGUGUUUUAGCAUUAAUUUACCAAUAUAGUUGUUUUUUCAA